UCAACUUAUUCAAGCCAAUAUUACAUCGUUUCAAACAUUUAAAAAAUGUUCUCAAAGUGUUUAUAAACAAUAAAAAAUUGAAGUUUUUCAUAUAAAUUAAAUAUUAUACACCAAUAAAAAGUAACUAAGAAAUCAAGGUUAAAAAAUUUAAAAAUGGAGAAAAGUUCUGCUCAUGGCUUCAGAAAUUAUUUCAUUACUUAGGAUAUCACUGCUGCCGAGUUAGUAGAUAGACCUAAACGUAUCAAAAUAAUCUUAUCGAUAAAAGUAUUAGGUAAAUUAAUUAAAAUUAGCAAAAAGAUAUUCGCAAAUAAUCAUUAUGAGAGAAGAUAAUAAAUAUAAUAAAAGGAAAACAAAAGGAUCAGAGACUUUUGUUACAAAAUACUAAAAAAUAUCUCCAUUUAGUCUCACAAUGUCUAUAAACAAUAUUCCAAACGAACUUACAGUCUUGAAAAAGGGAAUACAAAAGGAUGUCGAAGUAAGUCGUAACAAAGAAUUUCAUAGAAAAUCUCAGUGGAUUCAGAUUGCCUGCAGUUUAAUGGCGAAUGCUACCGUACUCUCAUCAGGAAUGGGUUUAGGUUUUCCAGCUAUAACGCUAGAAGCACUUAAAGACAAAAAUAAUCCUUUAAAGCUUAGUGAUGAUGAAGCAAGUUGGUUCGUAUGUCCCUUGGGUGGAAUUUUGUCUGCCACAAUAUUAGAUCAACUUGGAAGAAAAUUGACUCUUACACUUAUCAACAUUUUCUCAAUAAUAUCUUGGAGUCUGUUGUACUUUUCCAGUUCAACAAAUUUCAAUGAAAUGUACUGGCAAAUUAUGUUGGCAAGGUUUCUGAUAGGUAUCACGAUUGGAUUGAGUUCAAGUCCAGCAGCAGUUUAUUCAGCUGAAAUUGCUACACCAAAGCUUCGCGGACGGUUAACAGUUUUAACCAGCAUGGCAAUUGCUGUUGGUGUUCUGAUGAUUUAUGUUUUGGGCUAUUUUUUCCCUAGCGAUUGGCGAAUUGUUAGUGGAAUAGCUGCAAUAUUCUGUGUGUUCACAAUGAUCCUCAUUUAUUUUAUACCUGAGUCUCCCACGUGGCUCAUAGCUCGAGGUCGCAAUAAUGAAGCUCGCAAAGCGCUUGCAUAUAUUCGUGCUAUAAAGUCAAACGAAAUAUUCUCAAAUGAAUCAUUAAAUGAAGAGCUGGAACAUAUGCAUGAUCAAAUUAUAUCGCGAAAUAGUCAUUUGCAAAGCGAUAGCCUUUGGAGAACACUGAGAAAACCUGAAAUUUUCAAACCGCUUGUAAUCAUUAAUUCAUUUUUCGCAUUCCAACAAUUCUCCGGGACGUUUGUGAUAAUUGUUUAUGCAACGCAAUUUGCUGAAGAAGCAGGCGCUGGAAUAGAUAAAUUUUUGUGCACCGUUCUUAUUGGAUUAUCGCGAGUUUUGGCUACCAUCAUUCUUGCAUAUUUCAUUCUUGAUAAAUAUGGACGAAAACCACCUACAAUCUUCUCCGGAAUCGGAAUGACUCUUUCAAUGAUAAUUCUGUCGUUGUAUUCGUCAUUUGAAGGAAAACUUCCGUUCAGUAAUUGGGUAACGACAGCUUUUCUUCUCGUUUAUAUAAUAACAUCGACGUUUGGAUUUUUAACGAUUCCAUUCACCAUGCUGCCUGAGAUGUUUCCACAACGUGUCCGUGGAAUAACAGCAGGAAUUACCGUGUGCAUAGCAUAUUUCAUGUCAUUUUUAGUCAUCAAGUCAUAUCCGUCUAUGUUGAACUGGAUGGGAAACGGCAUGAUAUUUCUUUUCUAUGGAACAAUUUCAUUUCUCGGGACUUUAUUUGUUUGCUUUGUGUUGCCUGAAACGAAAGGAAAAACUCUACAGGAAAUCGAAAACUUAUUCAAAAGUCGGAAAAGUUCGAAUAUAAUAGAGAACCUCAGUUAAUUCUAAUUGUCAUGCUCACCCAUCAUGUGAACUCAAUAGACAGAUUUUUAAUUCUUCUCGUAUGACGUAAAUCUCACAAUCGAAAAGUUUCAAAUUUUAUCUCAAGAUUGACAAUACAUUAAUUGAAAUUCUAAUAUUUGGUCUCUUCAGUGUCACUUUAUUUAAAUAGAUAUCGAAUUUCGUAGAUUUAUUUUCCCGUCUGUCGAUUUAGACUUAAAGACAUUUCCUAUUUGUGAAUUUUAUGGAAAUAUUUAAAGCAAAAAGAAUUCCUUAUGCUUUUGGACCUUGAAAUAUUUGUGUCAGACGCAUUCAAAUAAAAGCGUCUGAUGUUCUUUUAACAUUUUGUUUUUAUGUCAUUCUACGGCAAUACCUAAAACUUAUGUAACUUUAAAUCUCAUAUGUUAAAAACGGAUAUCUUCGGAAAUAGGAAUCAGUGAAAAAAGAAAAAAACAGUUUGAAUAUUGUUGCUGCUAAGUAACAUAAAACUUUUAAUGUUGUUUGCAUCAUUUCCAUUUAUUUUGAUUUUGCAGUUCACAACAAGCGGAUUAUUUAUAAACAUUUUUGUAUUUUAACAAUGUAUGUAACAUGAAUAUUUACAAUUUUUGUGGUAUAUUUAUUUUAAAACUGUUUACAUGAAUAAAUUGAAUUGGAAUCUUUUAUUAAUACCAAAGGCAAAAAUUAUUAGCUGCAAUGAAAUGGAAAGUUUGAUCAGUAUCAAACCUAAUUUGAAAAAUUAGUUAAGAAUUUAUAAGCAGUUUAAUAAAAAUCUGUCAUUAUUAAAUACCAAGGUUUACAGUUUAUAUUUUAUUACUACACUCUUUGACAUUUCUUCAAUUUUUGGAAUUUCU